GAGUGACCGUCCUAAACGAAAGAGAAGACAAGCAACACCAAGAACCAGAGUGAGUAAUGCUCAUUAUGUAGGCUAUGUGGAAGAUGACGAAUCAGUCGAGGCUAUUAUGAAAAAGUUUGAAGAGUUGGAACGUAUUCAAAAAGAAUUCUCUUCAUUACAAGUUGAACAAACACCAGUUCCAGAAGAAAUAGAAGAAAACAAGACACCAGACGAAGUCAUGAUAGAGAACGAACUGACUCAGGAACAGUUAGAAGAAGUGUUUAAACGUACCUCAGCAUUUACAGUCAAGAGUGCCACUAUUGAUACAAGUCAAGUCUUGGAUUUAGAUGCAUUAGAUCUUUGGCAAAUUGAACAUAAUGAUAACAGUACCAAUGAGAUUGUGGAAGAAGAUGAAUAUUACUAUGUAGACGAUAGUUUUUGGGAAGACGAGUUUUCAGAGACAUUAAACAACAAAAGAAACAGGAAAAGAGAACCCAAACAACCCGGUCAAACCAGACGUACUGGCAAUAUGGACCGUGAAAGUAUCAUUGCCAAGUAUAAAUUCAUGCAAGUUCAGGUACAAGACAGACAUGGCAAUUACUUUACUAUCAAAAAGAAAGUCAGCAAUGUCGAUCCUUCAUUGCCCACUUAUGUCAGAAUUCCAGCUCGGCCUAUUUCAAUGUCAUGGGCUAAUUCUAUCAGACCAUUGUCUGUGCCUACAGUACCUAAAGGAUCGAAUUAUCAUGAAGUGAGCCAUCUAUUGUCUACUGAUCUGACACAGUAUGGUAAUGAUUUUAGUGCAGUCUAUAUUGAUCCACCCUUUUUAUUACCUGGAGAAGAACCAAGUCCAGGCAAGAUAUCCAUUGACGAUUUUGCCCAAUUGGGUGUAUCCAAUAUCGUGAAAGCAGGGUUUAUAUUUAUUUGGCUGGAAAAAGAAUGGCUUCAGAAAGCAGUAAAUAUCAUCACAAAAUGGGGAUUUAAAUAUGUCGAGAAUUUCUGUUGGAUCAAAAAGAACGUUAAUAACCAAAUUGCUACCAGUCCAUAUACUUAUUUUAAUAAGAGUAAAUUGAGUUUACUGAUCUUUAGAAAAGAAGGCGAGAUUGAAUUACGCCAUCAACGUAAUCCUGAUUGUGUCUUUGAUUUCAUUCGACCUCAUUUACCUGAUCAAGUCACUGAAAAGAAACCACCUUUUAUGUACAAAGUCAUUGAAACCUUACUUCCAAAUGCUGUUUAUAAUGCAGAAACAAAUCCUCAUGGUGGCAAACUCAUUGAACUAUGGGCAAAGAAAAAUACCAGAAGAGAAGGAUGGACAUCUGUAGUACAAGUUAUUUAAACUUUG